AUGAAAAUGAGUUUAUACUCAUUGGAGAUGGAAGAUGAAGACGAUCCCAUAGCUUCUGUUUCGGAAUGUGAAGAUUGUAAUCAAUGGGAUAGAACUGAAAUUAAAGACGGUACUCACAAGAAGCCGACAAGUCUCAGAGCAUCUAUUAAGAUCACUAGGGUUUCAGGUUCAAUCUCUCAGGUAAAAGGAACACCAAAUCACAAGUCGAAUAUGAAAAAGAGGAGAAAAGGAGGAAGACCUAUUGGAACAAAAAAAGAAACCGUUCGAAAAAUUCAUCCAAAAGGCCCCUCAUUAUCAGGUCUGGGAGGUCUUGCAAACAAGAAAGGAGAUCGAGCUCUUAUCUCAAAUCAUAAACCAGCAAACAAAAAGAAAGAGUCAUGGGAGGAGAUACUGACAUUUGUGAGCCAACAAAGAGUGAAGAGACGGUGCUUGGUGGGCGAUUUUAAUUUGAUUAGAAAUGAACAAGAAAGGAAAUCAAAUUCCCUCUUUUAUUAUCAAAUUGAAAUGAGGCAGUUCGACGAGUUCAUAGCGAAUAUGGAGAAAAUUGACUUACCUCUAAUAGAUCAAAGAUUUACUUGGUAUCAAGCAGGAGGUGGAUCCAUGAUAUGUAUAGACAGAUUCUUAUUUUCAGAAGAUUGGAUAAUGUCUUAG